AUGGACGUGGACUGGGAUACGGUCAAUUAUCUUGAGGCAUUAAAAGAUUGCAAUUUGGAUAAGGCAACUGUAACAAGAAGUUUCUUACAGAGUAUAAAGGAACAAGGUACGGAAGAGGAAAAGAAGAAUGCGGAACGUCUCGAAGGUCAAGUCAAGGAAAACGGGACGAAUCCAAAUUUUUGGUUGAAACAUAAUAACGAUUUUACGAAACAUGAAAAGGUGAAGGUCAACAAUACAUCUUAUCUUGCGAUGGAGUACAGAUUUGUUGCAUUGGCAAUAAUGUUCAAGCAAGACCCAAACGAGAUUAUAGAUUCCAUGAACAACCGAGAGUUGAAGAAGAAACAUCGGCAAUACCAACGAAAGGGAUUGGAUGAAAAAUUUAACGCAACGAAGUCUUCCUCUGAGCUUCUUCCCUCUACGAACGUGCAACAAAAAUCCACUAUUCCCAAUUCUAAUGAUGUGCAAACUAAAGAUCUUGAGGUCGAUGAAGAAAUUAAAUUUGAUCUAGUGAACGUUUCAAUGGAAUUAAAUCGCGAGCCAACAGUUAAAAUUUCAUCUUCUCUUCGUGACACAGCUAGUAAACAGUUGGUUGGCGGAGAUGUUUUCAUGGAUUGCGGAAACGCGGAGUUGAAUAGGAUGCUUGCACUCAUGUUUAACAACCUGUAG